GGGGGCAGGCCAGGCAGCCCCGCGGGGCCGUGGGAAUCGAGCGGGGGUCGCUCUAGGCUGAGCUGCAGCCGGGGGCUGUUAGUGCCUCGCGGCUGCGGCCUGGCGGGGCUGGGGGACCAGGGGUCCUAAUCGCGUUAGGCCUCUCACUAAUGGGGACGAGCAGCUGCUGCCGCGGCUCUGCCCAGGCGUGGGUGGCUCACGUUGCGCUGACGCGGCACCGCGGGGACCAGCCCGGCCGGGGCAUCGAUCCGCCCCAUCGAUCUCCGGCCCCCGCGUCUGAGAGCACGGGCCGGUCCCCGGGGAGCGUGGGGCGCCUGCGGCCGGAGGACAAAGGGUCUGUGGGGCCGUUGAGCCCGGUCUGAUAACAGCCCAGGUUGAGUCCCCGACAUGCUGGGGGCUCCUUGACCCCGCAGACCCGGGAUGGGCUGGGGAGCCCGGCUGCUCCGUGGAGAACCAGCCCUGGCAGAGCUGCUGCGGGAGCGUCCCUGGCACGUCUCCUCUGCCCGAGGGCUGCUGCGCCCCUCCGACGCCUCGUGUCCGCCCGGCAGGUACCUGGCGCAGGUGGGAGACCUGGAGGCGACAGACACGAGGGACCCGAUGCUGAACUACGGGGUCGUCGUUGACUGCGGCAGCAGUGGCUCGCGGGUCUUCGUCUACUUCUGGCCCCCGCACAACGGGAACCCCCACGACCUGCUGGACAUCAAGCAGAUGCGGGACCACAGCAGCCAGCCUGUCGUCAAGAAGAUCAAGCCAGGGAUCUCCGUGGUGGCAGCAACCCCGGAGCAAGCCACGUCCUACAUGCGCCCCCUGCUGCGCUUCGCCGCUGCCCAUGUGCCUGCCCAGAAGCACAAGGAGACGCCCCUCUACAUCCUGUGCACAGCCGGCAUGAGGCUGCUGCCCGAGAGGCAGCAGGCAGCCAUCCUGGAAGACCUGGUGAGACAUGUGCCGCUGGAGUUCGACUUCCUCUUCUCCGAGACACACGCGGAGGUGAUCUCUGGGAAGCAGGAGGGGGUCUACGCCUGGAUCGGCAUCAACUUUGUGCUGGGCCGGUUUGAUCACCCGGACGGGGGGGACGCGGUGGUCACGGUGGCCGUGGGGGCCCAGGCGGAGGCCGUGGUGCGGAAGCGGACGGUGGGGAUCCUGGACAUGGGCGGGGCCUCGCUGCAGAUUGCCUAUGAGGUGCCCGGCGCCAGCACCUUCCCCUCGCCACAGCAGGAGGAGGCGGCCAAGAGCCUGCUGGCUGAGUUCAACCUGGGCUGCGACGUGCAGCACAGCGCCCACGUCUACCGCGUCUACGUCAGCACCUUCCUGGGAUUCGGCGGCAACUUUGCCCGGCAGCGCUACGAGGAUGCCCUGCUCAACCACAGCCAGGCCCAGCACAGCCUGCAGGGCCAGCCGGCGGGGCUGACCGCCGACGUGCCCAUGCUGGACCCCUGUCUGCCCGUGGGGCUGGCAGAUACGGUGGAGAGGGGCGGGCGCCAGCUGCACCUGCGAGGACAUGGGGCCUGGCAGGCCUGCACCCAGCGGCUGCACCCCCUGCUUGCCCACCCAGGCACCAACAGCAGCCAGGCCUCCCUGGCCGGCAUGUACCAGGCACCCAUUGACUUCGGCAACAGCGAGUUCUACGGCUUUUCUGAGUUCUUCUACUGCACCGAGGAUGUGCUGCGCCUGGGUGGCCGCUACCAUACACCCACCUUUGCCCGCGCUGCCCAGGACUACUGCAGCCAGAGCUGGGCGGUGCUGACCCAGCGCUUCCAAGACGGGCUGUACUCGUCCCAUGCAGACCAGCACCGCGUCAAGUACCAGUGCUUCAAGUCGGCCUGGAUGUACCAGGUCCUCCACCAGGGCUUCCACUUCCCCCUGGACUACCCGAGCCUGCGCACGGCCCAGCUGGUGUACGACCGCGAGGUGCAGUGGACGCUGGGCGCCAUCCUCUACAAGACGCCCUCCCUGCCACUCAGGGAUCUGCGGCAGGAGAGCGGGCGACAGCCCCACGCCACCUGGCCCCGCCUGUCCUUCGUCUACAACCACUACCUGUUCCUGGCCUGCAUACUGGUGGUGCUGCUGGCCAUCGCCCUCUACCUGCUGCGGCUGCGCCGCAUCCACCGCCGCCAGCUGCGCACGCCCCCACUAGACCGGCUGUGGCUGCAGGAGGUCGCACUGCUGCCUGGCCCUGGGACAGGGCCCUGACACAGCCCCGCGCCACCCGCAGAGCCAGUGUGGGUACGGCCCCACGGCCUGAGCCUGGCACUCCGCGGCUCCGUCUCUACCUCCUCAGACUCCAGAGCCCGUCCCGUCACCUCAAGCCAGGGUGCGGAGGUACCUCCCACCCAGAAAUGCUGGAGUCCAGAUGAGUGACAGGUGAGGGGCAAGCUGGAAAUGCCCCCCAGGGCGGGGCAGAGCAUGUUCACUCUCAAACUGCUGCUGGGCUGCGGGGCCAGGCCCCCAGCCCCCUCUCUGCAUUCCCUGGCCUCUGCCCUUCACCUAGGCAGAGGCAUCGAACGGAGCUCCUGGCCUCAGCCCUGGUCCUCGCUCGGCCUCACUCCCAAGAGCUGCUGGGGCAACUCGCACAGAGCCCUGGCUCCCACACAUUCCUGGCCUGGCAUGGGACCAAGCCAUUCCCACCCCCCAUGCCUCAGUUUCCCCAUCUCUAGGAUGGGGGGAGGAGCUGGUGCAACAGCCAAGAGCUCAGGCCGCUCCUGCAGUGGCGGGACGGAGCCCAAGGCGUGAGUUCUGCUCUGCCCAGCCCCAGCAAGCCUGACUUAGCAGGGGAGAGGGCCUGGGGCUGAGCCAGGCCAGACAGGACAAUCCCCAGUGGACACCCCCUGCCCACCUCCUCCCCUCCCAUCUGCAGGAGGCUGCAGGCUGGGCCCUGCCCUUCCAGGCUCCUGUAGCCAUCUGCCAUGCAGGCCUCUCCCUGCUGGGGCCCUGCCCAGAGCAGGCCCCUGGGCACGGGGCUCUACUGCCAGCUAGGUUACAGCUCUUCCCCCACCCCUCCCUGCUCUGAGGGCUGGGCCCUCGCUCCCCCCAUGACUCCUUCCUGGGUGGAGCUCUGCUGCUCCAGCCACUGUAGCAAUAAACAAUCUGUGACCCCCUC